AUGGCUGCACCAAAAAUUAUUGUCUUGGGCAGCCUUAAUGGCCAGCUUGAGCCAGCGUUCAAGAAGCUAGCAACAUUACACGCCAAAAACAACUUCUCCAUGGCCAUCCUCACUGGCGAUGUCUUCAGCGCAACCCAAGACGAUGACUCUGUGAAUGCGCUUCUAGACGGGUCCAUCGAAGUCCCUCUACCAACCUAUUUCACCGUUGGAACCCGCCCACUCCCACCUCGUAUUGCUGCUAAGGUUGAAGCCGAGGAGGAGAUCUGCGAGAACCUACAUUUCCUAGGCAAGCGCAGCAUUACCAAGACAUCUGAUGGUGUGAGGAUUGUCGCAUUGGGUGGCCAACUGGAUCCCAAUCUCAUUGCAGGACUAUCUAAGGAACAGCACCUCCCAUUCCACACAGCGGAUGACGCAAAGAGCCUGCGCGGUGCGAACAACGCUGAUAUUCUUCUGACGUCGACAUGGCCAGCAGGUGUCUGGACUGGGUCUCAGGUUGCGCUCGAUCCCGCAAACCAAGCGUCACUCGCCGUUUCGGACAAUAUUGCAGAACUAUGUGCAGCGCUCAAACCACGCUAUCACUUAACAGCUUCUCCAGAAGCCUUCUUCUACGAACGAGAGGCUUUCGUUCAUCCUACCGAAAAGGAAACGGACAACACCUCCGUCACUCGGUUCAUUUCAAUGGCCACUUUCGGCAAUGACGCCAAAGCAAAGUCUUUGUACGCUUUUAGUCUCAACAAAGGAGAUGCUUCAGUACCUCCUGGUGCGACAGCUUCGCCGUUCAACCCUAAGACUAAGAAGCGUGCACCCAAGGAUGAUUCUUACAGCCGAUACGGGGGUGACGAUAACAGCAGAGGCCAUAGAGGCCGACGCCAGAAGCAGCACCAUCGGUCGCCACCUCCGGGUCCUGAUCGGUGUUACUUCUGUCUCUCAAAUCCCAACCUAUCGGCCCACAUGUGCUGUAGUAUCGGCGACGACGCCUACAUCUCCACGGCCAAAGGUCCUUUGCCAACCUCGAACACAUUUGCAGAGCAAGGCCUUACCUUUCCAGGCCACUUGAUCAUCAUUCCACUACCACACAACCCUACAAUACCGAGCAUCGGUCCUGUCACUGACCCAGCAGGAGAAGCCGCAAAAACCUACAAUGAAAUGACACGAUUUCGAGAAGCUGUUCAGGCAAUGAUUGCCUCGAAGACCUCACACAAGCUCGGCGUCGUGACGUGGGAAAUCAGCCGAGAGCGCAAUGUUCACCUUAUCUGGCAACUAAUGCCUCUCUCAGCCGAUCUCAUUCGCAAAGGCGUCGCGGAAGCCGCUUUCAAGGUCGAGGCGGAGAAUCAGUCUCUUCCAGCUUUCACCGCCCGGGAGCUCACACUCGAACAACAGGCCGAGUCAGGGGGUGACUUCUUCCGUGUAUGGCUCUGGGCGGACGAUGGCGAGGACCGUAUUAAGGGUAAAGCCCUCGUCAUGCCUCUUCCCUCAGACAUACGCUUCGAUCUUCAGUUUGGACGUCGUGUGCUAGCUAAGCUUCUUGGCCUUGAAAGUCGCCUGGUGUGGAAGGAUUGUGAGCAGACCGUUGAGGAGGAGACGAAAGACGUCGAGGCUUUUCGGGCGGCGUUCAAGGAAUGGGAUUUCACUCUUCAAGAGGGCGAAGAAGCUGCUGCUUGA